UAAGGCAUCAGUCUUCUUGAGUCUUUCAAGCAAUCAAACAAAACAACAAAACCAAAAUCAAUCAACAUGAAAUUCCUGUCGCUCGCAUUUCUGCUCGGUCUCCUGGCGCUGGCUAGCGCUAAUCCACUCAGUCCUGGCAAUGUCAUCAUCAACGGCGACUGCAAGGUGUGCAAUGUGCGUUCCUAGAACCAGAUACCAAUCCCUGGAGCAGCCACAGCCACAAAAAUGCAAUAGCCAAAUACUCUAGUUUAAAAUGUUUUCCAUUUAAUAUGCAUUUAUU